AUGUCGCGUUUCCACAGACAAACCGGGCAGAGGGGUCUGGGCCCGAGGCUCUGGGGGAGGGCAGCCGGCACUCAAAGGAGCCGGGCGUGUUGGAGCAAACCCGCGGCGGCUUGCAGGGCGAGUCCGGGAGCGAACAUUCGUCCACGUCCAGGCAGCCGGCGCCCGGGGACCAGCGGUAGCCCGGGCCGCAGCAGGGGGAGCCGGCACAGGCCUCCGGGGAGGAGCAGGCGAGGCCGUCGCCCACAAAGCCCGUCCCCCCCCCGCUCGGUGGUGCUGGACUGCCGCCAUGUGAGCGUCCUGGACUACAGCCUGGUCGGCGCGCUGCGGGACCUGCUGAGGCAGUUCAGGCUGAGGAAAGUCUGGCUGGCAGUGCUGGCUGCAGCUGAUCUGCAGGGCCUCCGGCUCACCGACAGCCUGGAGGAGGCUCUGCAGCUGGACUCAGAAAUCCCCCCCGACGGCUGA